UAACUCCUUUAAAAAUAUAAUUCGCCCUCUUGCAUUCCCACUAGGUAUAUACGAGUCCAUUGGCAUCGGGAUAGACAGAUUCGGAAUCGAUGAAUACAAGGAGUACGGGGAAGGCGAGACCCAAGGACGGGGGUGAAGAUGUGAGGUCUAAGGCCCUGCGGAUGAGGACGGGCACGAAGAUUUUCAAGGAAUCUGUGUUCAAACGUCGGGGCAGAGGAAGGGGAAAGGGAAGCGCCACCGGAAGUCUAGGCCCUCCUCGCUCAGUAGUAUAUAUCGGUAAUGGAUGGGCUGGUUGUAUGACACAUCAGUGUGCAUUGUCUGCGCUAUCACGCAUCAAUGAGGAGGAACAGGGUCCCAAAUACAAGCUUGUUGAGCCACUACAGUGUAUCAACUGCCCAUCUCUAUUUCAUCACACGUUCCUCUAUCAUUGCAACUUUAUUGCUAGGCCUGAAAAUGGAAGUGCUGAUGAUGAUACGCUCUUUUUUGCGGAAUUAGAGGGGAAACAAGAGAAGCCUGGCGGCCAAAUCACUCUCACCCUCCUUUUCUGGUGCAUUUUAGGGCCCUGUGAUUCUGGGGGUGACUGUGAAAAUUGUGGAGCUCUUCCAGGUUGGGUCAAACAUCCUAAAAGCGACGGGUUCCACAAGUUUGUUGAGCCUGGUGCCAUUUUAUGGUGAAGGAUACCGCCUACCUCUGGCAGACUAUGAAUAAAAUGACGGUAGCAAUUCCCAACUCUUUCAGUGAACACUAUGUACAAAGUACAGACCCUAUAUUCACUAUAUACAGUACAUCUUUCUGUAUUUUCCUUCAAAAUAGUCGGGGGCUUCCACAGUUCCGCCACUGAUUUUUUGGAGUUUAUACAAGCACGCCCUUCUAGAUUGGUGAAUUCAUACUACACAAUCUGUAAGGAUUGAGGAGGAUUAUUAGUGCAGCCUGCAUUAAGAUAUCCGGAUCAAAUUAGAUAGCUGUCGUUUUGUGUAUCCAUCUGUUAGUUCCCAGAGCUUUCCGCUUUAAUUGUUAGAAACAUUUUCUUUUCUGUAAUUAACUUGUACUUCUAUGAUGAUAUCACGGAAAGAAGAGUCUGUGAAGGAAGAACAGAUUUACAUUGCUUCUGUUUUACCAGUAAAAAGUUCCAAUUAGAAGACGUUGACCUAUGUCAUUAUGGUGAUCUAGUAAUACUAAUAAGCA